CUAAAAAUGGACAGUUUUUUCUCAUGGAUAAAUUUAACCGAACAUAUUGUUUUUACGUUAGUAAUUGUAAUUCUUAUAAACAUUUAUCUUAAGAAUGGCAAAGAGGAAUUUUUUCGUGUCCUUGUCGUAGGAUUGAAGGCUCUCCCUGGAGUAAAAUCAUUGAUUGGAAAGGUUCUGCAUAAUGAAGUGACAAGUUUUGUUAGUACAACUGCUUUAGCUAAGAAAAACGAAGGAAAAGAAUCUGUUCAGAGAGUGCAACUACCUAAAGAAGGAAUUUCUUCUGAAGAACUUCGAAAUGAAAUGAACAUAUUAAAGUCUGCUGAGGCUGAGUCAGCAAAAGAAGGGAAAAUAUUUGCAUACGUAUAUACCGUCAUAGAUCAACAUUGGAAAUUACAGUCAGAGGCAUUUGAUAAAUUUGAAGAAAAAAUCGGUCACUCUUUAGAACAUGACACCAUUGUAGCUGAAUUCCUUCAUGCGUUCCUACAUGAGAAUGCACUAAAUCCUAUGGUAUUUCCUAGUCUCAGAAAAAUGGAAACGGAAAUUGUAAGCAUGACAGCAGACAUGUUGAAUGGAGAUCAGGAUGUUGUUGGAUUUGUUACUUCCGGUGGAACAGAAAGCAACUUAAUGGCUGUUAAAACUUACCGCGAUAUGGCACGAAAAAGUAGACCUAAUAUUAGAGUACCAGAAAUAAUAGCACCAAUUACCGUCCAUCCAACGAUUGAUAAAGCAGCCCAUUAUUUUGGUUUGAAAGUGAUCCAUACACCAGUCGGAGAUGAUUUCCGUGCUGAUGUACAAGCCAUGAAAGAGGCUAUAAACGAGAACACUGUGAUGUUAGUCGCCUCUGCACCUCAGUUCUGUCACGGUAUUAUUGACCCAAUCAAAGAGUUAUCGGACUUAGCUGUAGCCAAGGGUUUGCCAUUACAUGUGGAUGGCUGUUUUGGUGGAUUCAUGCUUCCAUGGGUAGAAAAACUUGGAUACCAUAUACCACCAUUUGACUUCCGGUUACCCGGAGUAACUUCAAUAUCAGCUGAUGUUCAUAAAUACGGUUAUUCAGUAAAGGGAUCGAGUGUUAUAGUUUACCGAAAUGCUGAGAUCAGAAAACAUCAAAUUUAUACGUAUCCUGAAUGGCCAGGCGGAUUGUACGGUUCUCCAUCGAUGGCGGGAACACGAGGAGGAGGUACUAUAGCAUCAGCCUGGGUAUCCCUGAAAGCUUUGGGUGUGGAUGGAUUUAUGGAUAAAGCUAAGGAGCUGAUGGAUACAACAGAAAAAAUGAUGAAAGGCGUGAAGGAAAUCGAGGGUUUAAAGAUAAUGGGCGAACCGCAUAUGACCUCUUUUGCUAUAGGACCACGUGAUAAAGAAUUGGAUAUAUAUGCAGUCGCUGAUGCGAUGGAAACGAAAGGAUGGACAAUAGAAAGGAACCAGAAACCCAGUUGUAUUCAUUGUUCUAUAUUACCACGCCAUACUGCUAUAGCAGAUGAUUUCAUCCGGGAUCUAAAAGACAGCACUGCUGAAGUCAAGGAGAACAAGACUCUUGCUAAGAAGGGUACUGCGGCAAUGUAUGGAAUGAUUGGGACGAUCCCUGACAAAACCAUUGUUUCGGAUUUCCUUGUAGAGUUCUUUAGUGAAGUUUAUAAAUGAUAUAUUUGUGAGAUCAAACUAGUAUAUCAGAACAAGUGUUUUGUGGAACUGACGGAAAGUACUGAGACGAAGAUGCAGAUUAGAUUGAAGUUUCAUUCUGUCGUCUGUUUUAUAUGAAAGAACUACUUAAUAAAUUUGUAAAAAUG